GCGCCAGCAGCAGCGUUGCGCACCACCAUAAUAAUAUAACUGACGCAGGAUACAUUACACUCCUUAAAACGCACUCUCUUGUGUUUAUGUCAUAUAUAAAGCUUAAUGUGUUGGUUUUAAGGAACAUACAUACUGCGAAUUAUUCCUAAUAUAUGUCUUUCACUCUAAAGGUUGAUACUGAGAAGUCAUUUGCUAAUAUUUGAAGAGAAAUUAGUGUCAUUCUAAUCAAUAGCGACAUCAGCUCGAGUCAGUCAAAGCUUUGACUCUGUGACGCCCAAAACAAACAUAUAAACACACGUUUAGCGCGUCUUAACUGCGUACAAGCAGGUUUGAUCAUCCAGUUACAUUCACAGAUCUCGUGUGGGACAUAGAGAGCAUUGUGGCGAUGGAGCUUGUGUGUGAUGGAGAGGAGUCAGAGGUGAUUCCACAGGCGUGUGUGCUGUCUGAGUUCAGUGAGAUCGCAGAGGUGAAAACACUUAUCAACAGUCUGCCUGACAUUCAUAACGACACUGUCAGCAGGGAGACCACCAUCGAGAAGUUUGUGGUUCUCAUGGACCGUUACCAGGAGCAGCCACAUCUUCUGGACCCUCAUCUAGAGUGGAUGCUGAGCAUGCACUUGGAGAUGAUCCGCAGUGAGAAGUCACCACCUCUGCUGGUCCAUCUCUGUUUCAAAUUCCUCUACAUCAUCUCAAAGGUCAGAGGCUACAAAAUCUUCAUGCAGCUCUUCCCCCAUGAGGUGUCAGAUGUUCAGCCGGUUCUGGACCUUUUAUGCAGACAGGACCCGAAAGACACUGAGACCUGGGAAACACGCUACAUACUCCUCCUUUGGCUGUCCAUGACAUGUCUCAUUCCCUUUGACCUCUCCCGUCUGGAUGGAAACCUGUCCACUGACUCUGGGCUCAACAGAGAGACCAUCAUGGAUCGUAUCCUGGCUGUUGCCAAGUCUUUUCUCAGAGUGAGUGACAAAUCUCGAGAUGCUGCAUCAGUGCUGGUAUCAAAGUUUGUGACUCGUCCAGAUGUGAAGCAGAAGCGGCUGGGUGAUUUUCUGGACUGGUGCCUGACCACCAUCUCUCAGACGAGUGAGCUGACCAUGGAGGGAACUGUGGCACUCGAUGGAGCUUUACAGUCACUGGCUCAGCUCUUCAAGCAUGGGAAACGUGAUGACUUCCUGCAAUAUGCCCCCACAGUGCUUCAAUGUCUAAACCAAAAAAGAAUAGCUGAGAGUAACCAGGCCACAUUACGGAAGUUGGGAGCAAAAGUAGUCCAGAGACUGGGCCUGACCUUUCUAAAACCACAAUUGGCCAAAUGGAGAUACCAGAGAGGAAGUCGGUCUCUUGCAGUGAACCUGGCCCAGUCUGCCGUCACAGAAAGUGUAGAGUCCAUAAAACCGGAUCUAGAGUCUGUCAGUCCAGAGGAAGACUAUGACAUGCCUCCAGAGGUGGAGAAUAUAAUUGAACAACUGUUGGUGGGGCUAAAAGACAAAGAGACAAUAGUGCGAUGGUCUUCUGCUAAGGGGAUUGGAAGGGUGACUGGUAGACUGCCUAAAGAGCUCGCAGAUGAUGUGGUGGAGUCUGUUUUAGAGUGUUUCAGUUUCCAAGAAACAGAUAAUGCCUGGCAUGGGGGCUGCCUGGCUCUUGCAGAGCUGGGCCGGAGAGGACUGCUGCUUCCUUCACGUCUUUCAGAUGUGGUGCCAUUGAUUGUAAAAGCUCUGACAUAUGAUGAGAAAAGAGGAGCAUGCAGCCUGGGCUCAAAUGUCCGUGAUGCAGCCUGCUAUGUGUGCUGGGCUUUUGCCCGCGCCUACGAGCCCAAUGAACUAAAGCCCUACGUCAACCAGAUUGCCAGUGCGCUGGUCAUUACAACUGUAUUUGACAGGAAUGUGACAUGCAGGAAGGCUGCCUCUGCUGCAUUCCAAGAGAACGUGGGCAGACAGGGCACCUUCCCCCACGGCAUAGAUAUUCUCACAGCCGCAGACUACUUUACAGUCGGUAACCUGAAUAACUGCUACUUGACAAUCAGUGUGUACAUCACUGGUUUUGAGGAAUACACCAAACCUCUAAUUGACCAUUUGGUGGCUAUGAAAGUCAAUCACUGGGAUGGAGUGAUCAGAGAGCUGGCCACAAAAGCACUGCACAAUCUAACUGUCCAGGCCCCUGAAUACAUGGCCAACACUGUGUUACCCCAACUGCUGCCCAUGGCGACAGGGAUGGACCUACACGGUCGUCAUGGCGCUAUCCUGGCCUGCGCUGAGAUUACUCACACCCUGUAUAAGCUCGCUGCCAAGAACAAUAGUUCUGUGACUGACUUCCUCUUAUCUGACACCAUUGAAGGCCUCAAGGGCAUUCAUCAAAAGCUCUCUGACAGAAAGCAGUACAGGGGAUUUGGUGGAGAGCUCAUGAGACCAGCUGUCUGUGGCCUUAUUGAAAAGCUGUCUCUCUCCAAGAUGCCAUUUAAAGAUGACCCAGUUAUUGCUGGAUGGCAAUGGCUAAUAGACGACAGCUUGAAGAACCUUCAUCUGUUUUCUAGUGGGUCCAGACUGGGUAUACAGGAUGCUGCAGUUUCAGCAUUGGCAGCGCUGUGCCAACGGUUUUAUCAAGUUGAACCGGGGGUGGCUGAUGUGAAAAUGCAAGAACAGUUGGUUAGUCAAUACCUGUCUGCCUUGGAGAGUCCUGAGGUAAUGACCCGCUGUGGCUGUGCUCUCGCCCUGGGCUCACUGCCUUCAUUUAUGAUACAUGGCAAACUACAGCAGAUCUUGUCUGGGCUCCAGGCAGGCUGUAAAGUGGCAAAGAAAGAGGAGAGUCUAACAGAAGGCAGGAGGGAUGCGGCCAUAGCCAUGUCACAGGUGUGUCUAGCUGUUGGAGUGUGUGCGCAAGGCAACCCAGACCACGUCUUGUGUGAAAGCAACAUAAGAGCUGUGUAUGAAGCCUUGUUGGACUGUAUGAACGACUACAGCAUGGACAGCCGAGGGGACGUCGGGGUCUGGGUUAGGGCGGCAGCGAUGAGCAGUCUCAUGGAUGUGACCAUGCUGGUGGUGGCGUCUGCUCCAGAGCUCCUCUCCUCUGAUCUUGUUCAGCGAAUGAUGUGCUGCCUGGCCCAGCAAGCUGCAGAGAAGAUAGACCGCUACCGAGCCCAUGCUGGCACCAUUUUCCUUCGUCUGCUCCACAGCACGGAGCCUGCAGUACCUCACAUUCCCCACCGGGAGGAGCUACUGAUAAUCUUCCCUCCAGAGACAGGAAACUUGCUCAACUGGAAUGCUGCAUCACAGGCCUUCCCUCACAUCACUCAGCUCCUGCGGCUGCCUCAGUACCAGUACCACACGCUCCUGGGCCUCACCGUGUCUGUGGGUGGCCUCACCGAAUCUACAGUGCGUUUCUCCUCUCAGUCUUUAUUUGAGUACUUAAAGGGCGUUCAACAGGAUGCCACAGCACUGCAACAGUUUGGAGACACACUGUUAUGCAUCUUCAGAGAUAACCUCCGCAAUGACAGGGUCUCUGUCCCUUUACUGAAGAUGGUGGACCAAAUCCUUGCAAACGGCUGCUUUGAACUCUUCACCAGUGAGGAGAGUCAUCCAUUUGGUGUAGAGCUGCUCUCACUGUGUAAGGAGGAAAUCAAGAAGUCCAAAGAUGUCCAGAAGUUGUUGUCAUGUAUAGCUGUGUUCUGUGGAAUGGUGCAGUUUCAGGGUGAUGUGAGGAAGAAUGUUUUAGUGCAGCUGCUAAUGUUGCUCGGUCACCCUUUCCCCGUGAUCAGAAAGACGACUGCCAGCCAGGUGUACGAAAUGCUCUUGACCUAUGAUGAUGUCAUAGUCGAUGAUCAAGUACUAGCUGAUGUCAUGGCCUCACUUAGUGACACUAAUUGGGAAAGUGACAUCGCCACAGUGCGGACACACAGGAAUCAGCUCUGUGAUUGGCUGGGAGUGCCAAGGCCGACACUGAUUGCCAAGAGUUCACCGCAAUAGUUCCAACACAAGAACCUAGGUGGCUCUCCAGGUCACCAGAUGGCCUCUCUGCACCACGUUCCCAUUCUGGACACCAGCCGUGUUCAAAUGUCUUCAUUACUGUCAGAUAAUGUUGUCCAUCUAAUACUACAUGACCUGUCAUCAUUAAAUUCUUAACUAAAACUUGCUUGUGCUCAGUGCUUAAUUUGUAAAUUGAGAGGUUCUAGAACAAGGACUAGUGAUGAGGAGAGCACAUAAAUGAAAAAUAGUGCGUUUUGACACUGCAGGUAGAGCGGCGUGACAAAACUGCAUCGCUCCCAUUAAAAUCAGCAAGGAAUGGACAGUGCAAGAAGCUUGUUGAUAAUGGUGGAGUAAUCUAGUUAUUUGCUUUACAAUGCUUGCUUGUAGUAUAGAUUGUAUAGCGUCACUAAUUGUGUUUCCUAAUAAUCUGCAUUAGAUUAAAUAGAAUGUAAUAAGAUUCAUUAAUCUUGUAUGUACCAUAUUUUCCGGAAAUAAAGCAUCACCUUAAUGUAUGUCGCGCUUGAUCAAAAUUGCGUCGUUAAAAGAAAAAAAAAAAACACGGAUAAGUCACAUCUCAGUAUAAGCUACACUUUCUUUCAGCCGCUCAACAUGUCAGAAGCGCUCCAUGAAGAUAACCUCAGGAUCUAAGAAUCGUAUCACGCAUUAAUUUAAAUUUAAAGCACCUGCUUUAAGUAAUCGUGUUUAAUCAUUUUUUUAAAUUCUGUUUGUUCCAUGUAAAGAACAAGACAAAUAAGCCACAUCUGUUUAGAACAUUUGUAACUCUAUGCUGUAUACAAAUAGCUUUUAGUUUGUGAGUAAAACAGUAUGCCUGUUGUAUUCUAUUCAUUCAUUAAAGUUAGUGACUAUCUAUCUGGAUAUUUCUGAUAUUUGCAACCCUCUUUGCUAUGCACUAAUUAUCCGGUUCACUGACUGAAUGUUGAUGGGACAGAAUAUUUAAACUGGUUGCAUAAAGUAACAAAAUACUAUGAAUAGGCUACUUUAAAAUGACUAAUGUUUUAAGCAUAUGUAAGUAUAUGUUUGGGAUGCAUGUGUUUGACCGGCCGACAUCAAUAGAGCGCAACAGUGCUCGCCCGCUUUUUCAGUCGUCUUGGUUCUGUAAAUAUUUUUUCCCAUUAAACUUUUCAUAAAAUGCUUCAUAAUAGAGUUGUAAGCCAUGAACCAAACCAGCCAGUUCUGUUGUGAAUUAACAUAACAAACUUAGUAUUUGAGUAUUUCAAGUAUUUGAAAAUCGGACAAAAAGACAAAGGUACAAGACUGUGUACUUACCGUCUUUCACAAGGGUACAAAUUACAAUCCUGAUGGAAUGAUGAAAAUAUAUAAAACUAUUGAUUUUAGGUUGUUGAUUUUAAGUAUUGAAACAACAUAUUUAACUUAAAAAUUGUACAAUAUAUACAAAUAUACUGUAUAUGUAGUUUGAGGGUGUAGGGAGACUGACUCGAUUGCGUCAUUCACAGUGCGUCAUGAAAGUGGGUGCUCGCUGCUGGAUUUGUUUGGCAAGCUUUGUUGGCCACGGUUCUCUGAUUGGGGGAUCUGUCUCUGGUGUAUCAUGGAUAAUGUAGUUGUUCACCAGGAAUUCCACUAUUAAACAUGAUUUUUAAACAAUGAAGCUGAAAUAACACAGACUGAUGGUUUCAACAAAGACAUGGUUGGUCUGUCUUUAAACGUUUAUACAUUAUCAUUGAAAAUCAGUUAAUCUAUGGAAAAAAUGAAUGGGAUUUUUACUUCAAGAACCAGACUGUUGCACUCUAUUAUGUAUGAAUUAUGUAAAUAAGUCGCUUGAGACUAUUAGUCGCAGUUCCUUUCAGAUGAUGGAAAAAACGUGAUUUAUACGUAUGCUGGAAAAUAUGGUAAUAAGAAUUAAUUUGGUAGCAAAUAAGAUUCUCUGCUCUGCAUAUGCAUAAUGACUGAUUAUCAUUUACACUACAAAUGUGAUGUGGUCACAUUUUUUCAAAAAUGUGCAAAACCUCCGAAGAAACUACCGAAAGUGGUUUGAGCGAUCUGAUCACAAAACUUUUUGAACCCCAUUAAUACCUGUAUUUUGCUGCCCACCGAAACAGAUGUUAAUUCCAGGUCUAAUUGUGAUCAUAGACUACACAUACUAUAUGUUUAAUAAAAUACUGUAUUGCUACUAUUUUUACAGGGACAUUGAAAGUUAUUGACAACAUUUUAAUUGUUUGUAAUACAUAUGAAACACAUGUAAAGGUCAUCGCAUAUGA